UUGAGUCGUCUCACCGUUAACAUAUAAAAUUUCUUAUGGUACGGUAAAAUUGAAAACACGCGAAUUAAAAAACAAAAAAAAAACUGAAAAUAUUUUUAUAUAUAUCUGCCAGUCAAAUUCGUUGUUGUAGUAUACGUAAAUACAUUGAUAUGUACGUUUGUUUUUUUCUCUACGGCUAAUUUUGUUCAUAUUUUUAAAUAAUAUGUGUAGUUUAUUUACAACACUAAAAAAUAUUGUGAAUGUUGAAAGUUUUUCAUGAAAAUUUUUGUAAUUUUUUAAAUCAAUUGUUCAUAUUAAUUCAUAUACGAGCAAAAAAUAACUGUUUUGUUUCCAAUAAAUCAAGUUAAUAAAAUUUUAAGAGUGAAAUUUUUAAAAAAACCUGCGGAUAAAAAGAAAUUUAAAUUUGACAGAAAGUAAGAAACAGUAAAUUUAGAAUAUAUUAAAGUGAAAAUUAAUAAGUUAGUCUGAACAAGUGUCAAAAAAAAACAAGUAAAAGAAUUGAUAAAAAUAAAAAGAAUACCGGAAUAUCCUUACUCCUUACAUUUAUAACAAACUCUUAAUUACGAGUCCUAAUACAACAUAAAUAGAAAUAUUAAAUAAGUUGAAUAUUGGAUUUUUAAGCCACAUAAGAGGAUUAUGAAACUUUUGAAAUAAAAGGAAAUUAAAUACUCACCUGAAAAGAAUAACGGAAAAUUUAACAAUAACAAAAAAUAACAAAGUGAUUGCGAAAUAUUUUUUUUUUGUUUUGAAAUACUCUCUGUAAUAUAAUACAAAAGUGUUAUAGUGGUGUAGUGGAGGUCAUAAUAGAAGGGUACUUUUUCAAAUACUUACUCAUAAAAACAAGACUUAUAAUCUUUUAGCGAAAUUAUUUUAUUUUGUUUGUUUUUGGUUUGGUGUUGACUUUUGGAAUAAUUUUUUAAUAAAAAAAGAACUAAAGAAAAUGUCUUCUAAAUCCUUUUUUAUAACAAUUGGAAUAUUGAUGAUUUGCCUUCAUCAAUUUUCGGGAACAGUUUAUGGAUCACCAUAUCAACUUAAUCUAAAGAAAAUGUUUGAAUCCGUUGGUGAAUUGAGAGCCAAAAAGGAUGGUUUAACAUCAUUUUCACCGCCCGAUGAAGAUGUUAUCGAGCUUGAACAUCUUAAAAAUUCUCCUUUAGAUAUGGCAUCAUUAUCAUUUGACAAUAAAAAUUCUGAUGAUCAAAACAAUGGUGCCGGCGAUAAUACUGGUAAUGUUGGUAUUGGCGUCAAUGAUAAUGAUAGAAUCAAUACUGAUGGAUCUCCUUCUGGUAGUAUAAAUAGUGAUGGGCGAGGUAGUGGUAAUAAUGGUAAAGUAAAUUCUAUUACAAAUACAUCAGUAAAUAAUAAUAUGAGAGAUAGCGGUGGUCGUAGUGGUGUUGGUAGUAAUUCAGCAUUUGAAACUGCAUUCGAUAGUAUUUUGGAUGAACAAAUUCAAUUAGAAAAUUUACCAUCACUUGAAAAACAACUUGAAGCUGAAGCUGAAAAAGAUAAAAUUCAAACGGCAACAAGUCAACCGGAACGUGAAGAAGAAAUGAUUGUACAACAUCGUCCACCACAUAUGCCAUAUCCAAUAACACCACCUGAUGUAAAUUUACCAAUUAAUGUACAACAACAUCAGGAUAGUCAAAUUGUUGAACAAACGAUACCAACUGACGUAAAUGUACCAUCAGCUCCACCUAAGUCAUAUCAUGGUGCAGCAAGGCUUGCUUUCGGUCAACAUCCUGAAGUUCUUGCAACUACAACAACAACUACAACAAAAACAACAACAUCUGUACCAUCAAUAAUACAAUCAAUAUUAUCAGCUGUUAGUGCUGAUUUAGGAAUUUCUUCGAAAAUAAAUGAAAAACAUGAUAAUGAUUUUUCACAUACAACAGCUGAAACAGUUGUUAAUUCACCAAUUGAAGUGCCUUCAUCUAUUAAAAUGGCAUCAUCAGAACAACCACCAGUACACCAUCAACCAUUACAUCCAGGCCAUGCAAUUAAUGAAAUAAGAACUACUGAAACGACAAACCAUAAUAAUAAUCAUCAAACGAAAUCAUCAAUAAAUAAUGAAGAACAAAUUCAACAACCAUCUGAAUCAAUAAUAACAAAAGAUAAUGAAACACCAACAGAUCCGAUAGUUGCCGAAUUAGAAGCUGCUAAAACAAAUGUUCAAAGACGUUCAGUUAAUAGGAUACAACCAAAGUCUGCUGAAUCUCUAUUAAGAAAUUCAGAAUCAUCAUUUGAUAUGGCACAAUAUGUAUUUUGGACUGGUGAUGAAGCUGGUGUAGCUCGUGCUGUUGAGGAAUUCAUUCAACAAGGACUUAUGUCCCGGGAAAGUGCUUUGAAAUUUUUAAAGGAAAUCCGAAUGGGUAUUGAAUAUUUACAAAAAUCUUAUGCAAAUCGAGUUAUACCAGAUCAAAAGAAACGAGAGUCUUCAGCAUCUACAGUUAAAAAUCCAUUGAAUUCACAAAUUGAAACAGGAUCAAGUUUAUCUAGUUCAAUGGAUUUUACAUCGAUGCCAUUCAAGCAUAAUAUGAAUCAUCAUGAAAAUCAAAAUUAUCGAUUAGAGCAACAAUUGGAACAGCAUUCAGACCAACAAGGUAUAAUUGACCAAGAGAAUGUUCAACCAAAUGGUUUAAAUUUACAAAGAACUUUAGACCAUUUGCCAUCAUUGAUAAGAUUACAGGAAGCCAAUAGCAAUAGCAUUCACAAUAAAGAAAAUGCAGAUUACGAUGAAAUGACCGGAAGAGCAAAAAUUGCAGAAUUCCUUUAUGCAGAAUACUCGUUGGAAGAAGUUGUAUAUCAAUUAGCUAAGGUUAUGUUCGCUCAAUCACUAACACAUGGAUCGGAACAAGCUCAACGAGCUCUACAAAGAUUAACGAAUUUCUUAGAGAGUGAAGGUGAACAGGGUAUAAUUUCACCAACGCUGCAAAAGAAAAUAUUAGAUGUUCUUUUAGCUGCACUAUCUGAUACAUUAACAGAUCAUCCAGAAUUAUUGGCAACAGCUCGAGCAAAAUUGGGUCAUACAUUUUUACCAUCAGAGAAUAAUUUAGAUUCUCUAAGGCAUUAAAUUUAUAAUAAAUAUCAGCUAUAUAAAAAUUUAAUUGAAAUUAUAACAUCAUUAAAAGGCAUACAUACUUUUAAUUUAUUUAAUAAAACAACAACAACAAAAAAAGUAUAACACAUCAUUAUUAAUAUUGUAUAGUUAAAUGCAUCCUUAUUAUUACAAAAAUACAUGCAUAUACAAACAAAAUAGAUUUGUAUUUAUUUAAAAUUACUUUCAAAAUUAAUAUAUAAAGACAAUAUUAAAAUAAAACAAAAA